AUGGCUCUUCCAGUGUUCCAGAGUCCGGUUGACAAUAGUGUCCUAGAGUUUAAAGAAAAUUCAAAAUCGAAGGGCAAAUAUGAAGUUACACAAGAAGAAAGAAGAGAAACAUGGACUGGACGUUUGGACUUUUUCCUAUCUUCUGUUGGAUAUGCUGUUGGUAUUGGUAACAUCUGGCGAUUUCCAUACCUAUGUUAUAAAAAUGGAGGAGGAUCGUUUCUGAUUCCAUACAUAACAUUUAUGAUACUGGGUGCGCUACCAAUGUUUCUUCUGGAAUACUCUGUUGGUCAGUUUUCUAGUAAUGGACCAAUAAGUGUAUGGAAAAUAUGUCCUUUAAUGAAAGGUCUUGGAUAUGCAAUGGUGACUGUAUCAGCCAUUUUUUGUAUAUACUUCAACGUUAUGAUGGGAUAUGUUUUGUACUUUCUGUACCAUUCACUUUCCACUGUUUUACCAUGGAGCACGUGUGACAACGAGUGGAACACAGAGUUUUGCUAUAUUUCACAAACAUCUAACACAUCAACCAGUAAUAUUUCAUCUAUUUUCGGAAAUAUUACAGGUGAUUUGAAAAUGUCACCAAGCGAAGAAUUCUGGAGCUAUAAUGUACUCCAGAUCACAAGUGGGAUAGAAGAUAUGGGGAAAAUCAGAUUAGAACUCCUGUUAUGCCUAUUUAUAUUUUGGUUCAUUGAAUUUCUUUGUUUGUGUAAAGGAAUAAAAGUAUCUGGAAAGGUCGUAUACGUGACAGCAAUAUUUCCAUAUGUUGUAUUGUUAAUCUUUUUCAUCAGAGUAGUAACACUCCCUGGUGCAACGGAUGGAAUACUGUUUUAUGUCGUUCCUCAAUGGGACAAACUAUUGUCUACAAAGGUGUGGGGUGAGGCUGCAUUGCAGAUAUUUUUCUCCACUUCAAUGGUAUGGGAUGGACUAUUGACGUUUGCAAGUUAUAAUAAGUUUCACGAUAAUAUGUACAGGAAUGCAAUGAUUGUACCAGCAGUGAACUGUGGAACAAGUAUAUUUGCUGGUUUUAUUACCUUUUCAAUUCUUGGUUUUAUGGCAUUGAACAAAGGAACAACAGUUGACAAAGUACUUAAUCAAGGACCAGGUUUGGUAUUUAUAACAUAUCCUGAAGCUAUUUCAAGAUUCCCAAUAUCACCAUUUUGGGCUAUUCUGUUUUUCCUAAUGCUAUUUACAAUAGGUAUUGAUACACAGUUUGGAACGAUGGAGACUGUUUUGAGUGCGUUGACAGAUGAAUUUCCUAAAUUAUUUAGGAGAAGAAAGGUGUUGUUAACAGGGGCAAUUUGCAUAAUCGAGUUUAUACUUGGAAUUCCAUUUGUUAUGCAGGGAGGAAUUUAUGCUCUGCAAAUAGUUGAUUGAUACUGUGCUUUAUUUUCUGUGAUGUUAGUCUGUAUUUUGGAAAACAUCACAAUUGGAUGGAUUUAUGGCGCCAACAGACUUUACGAAGAUAUUGAACUAAUGAUAGGACGAAAGCCUUGUAUUUGGUGGAGUAUAUAUUGGAAAUUCAUAACACCUGUAACUGUAGCGACGAUGCUUGUAUUUAACAUGACACAGAUAACACCAGUGUCAUAUGGUACAUAUCAAUAUCCACAAUGGGCGAUAGCGGUAGGGUGGAUUAUCGGGAUGUUAUCAGUAAUACCUAUUCCAAUUUACAUGGUUAUUGACCUGUGGAACGCAAAUGGCACAAUAUAGCAGAGAAUCAAACAACGAUCAAAACCAGCUCCUAACUGGGGACCAGCAAACAGCACAGUAUAUGCUAAAUCUUUGCCAAAGCAAGACGACAAACUUUCUCCCCAUUAUACUUCAAAUUCAACUGAAAAUCAAACCAUGUUGUAACAGAUUUGUUUAUACAUAUAACAUGUAUUACGUUUA